UUCCAGACCCUGCAGCUCCGCCCCAUCGCGGGUCCAGGAGGAGGAGGAGAGGCCCAGGUGGAGGAGGAGCGACGCCUGCUCCGGGAAGCCCCGUCUGGGGGCCAUGGGGGCACAGGUGAGGCUGCCGCCUGGAGAGCCCUGCCGGGAAGGCUACAUGCUAUCUCUAGUCUGUGCAAACUCCUCCCAGGCCUGGUGUGAGAUCACAAAUGUGUCACGACUGCUGGCUUCUCCUGUCCUCUACAGGGACCUGAAUUCCAGCUACAGGGACCUGAAUUCCAGCAUAAGCAACUUGAUCAUUUCUGCAAAUGUAGAAAACAGAUACAGUCUGUAUGUAGGCCUAAUGCUGGCAGUAAGUUCCAGUAUUUUUAUUGGUUCCAGCUUCAUACUGAAAAAGAAGGGCCUCUUGCAACUGGCAAAGAAGGGCAUUACCAGAGCUGGACAAGGUGGACAUUCUUACCUCAAGGAAUGGCUCUGGUGGGCAGGAUUACUCUCAAUGGGAGCCGGAGAAGCGGCGAAUUUUGCAGCUUAUGCUUUUGCACCGGCCACCUUGGUCACCCCGCUGGGUGCUCUGAGUGUGCUCGUAAGUGCAAUAUUGUCUUCCUAUUUUUUAAAUGAGCAACUGAACAUUCAUGGCAAAAUAGGCUGCAUAUUAAGUAUAUUGGGGUCUACUGUGAUGGUUAUCCAUGCCCCACAAGAAGAGGAAGUCACUUCUUUGCAUGAAAUGGAAAUGAAAUUGAGAGACCCAGGAUUUAUUUCCUUUGCUGUGAUCAUAACUGUGAUCUCGUUGGUGCUGAUUUUGAUCGUGGCUCCCAGGAAGGGACAGACCAAUAUAUUGGUCUACAUUUCAAUCUGUUCAUUAAUUGGAGCAUUUUCAGUUUCUUCUGUCAAGGGCCUGGGAAUUGCCAUUAAGGAACUAUUGGAAUGGAAGCCAGUUUAUAAGCACCCACUGGUCUUUGUUUUGUUAGGUGUACUCGUGCUUUCGGUGACGACACAGAUUAACUAUCUCAACAAGGCACUGGACACCUUUAACACAUCUCUUGUGACUCCCAUUUAUUAUGUGUUCUUCACGUCCAUGGUAGUAACUUGCUCCGCCAUCUUAUUCCAAGAAUGGUAUGGCAUGAAAGCUGGAGAUAUCAUCGGGACCCUGAGUGGGUUCUUCACCAUCAUCAAUGGCAUCUUUCUUCUACAUGCUUUUAAAAACACUGACAUUACCUGGAAUGACCUGACAUCCACCACACAGAAAGAAGUCCUCUCGCUGAAUGGCAGUGAAGACAAAUAUGUCUUACUGGAGCACACAGAAUAUUCAACCCCAGGAUACAAUGAUGACAUUACUUUGUUUAGCAGGAUUGACGAUCAAAGUCUCUAGAAACCCCAAACUUUAGCCAAUGGAAGACACUUGGAGAGGACAAGAAAUACCUAAUUCUUAGAAGAACUAUUAGGAAAGCUGACAUUUUUAAAGUUCUAACUAAUAGUUUAGAUGUGAGCUUCCCCCCACUCCCCUCAAAAAAGCCUCGAUUUUAGCCAUCAAAUUUGAAAACCAAGGUUUGGAUCCUCCUCCAGAGGACUUCCAGUGUUUUUCAUUUCUACAAACUUGAAACAUUCCCUGAGCACAAAAGAAGUUCAAGAGUUACAUGGGUCUCUGAGUUACUCUUCUGGUCACAAUAUAUUUGGCUGUGCCAGGUGGCUCUUCACUUCUUUGGCUGCUGUUCGUAGUAAUUCAUAGAUAAACUUAGCUAUGUGCUGAUAAGCAGAACAUCAGCCAUCAUUCUCUGAUGAGUCAUCGUUUCAAAUUAUUAAAACUGAGACGCGAGAUCACUGAUGCUCCCCCCGCCCCUUCCAUAACUUCUUUCUUAAUAAACUAGAUGGCUGAAGAGGGGAAUGCGGAAGAAAAAAUAGGCCUGCUUUGGAAAUCCGCUCCUUGGUGGGUUAGAAUGCACAAGACACAGUCCAUGAAGAGCUUAUGAAUUGUAAUUUAUUAGCAGAUCAUAAAAACUUACUACCAAUUCAAAAGGGGAGAAUAGAGGAAGGAGAGAAAUACUUAAGUGAAACAGUAUUUUCUCUUUUCACAAAAACAAAUGCAAACGAUUCGUUUCAAGGGUUCUUUUAACUCAAACCUGAACAACGUGAGACAAAAUUGAGUUUCUGGAGAAGACCAAAUGAUUUAAGCUUUGGAGUUCCUUAUAUUCAUGUUGUCCCUUUCUCUUACUAUUAUCCCAAAGGUCAUUUUCCCUGUUGACAUAGAGACUUUUGUAAAGUCUGUAAAUGUAAAUUGGCACAUUAUUUUAAUAUUAUAUUGUAUACUUAGGUUUUUCUCAACUGUCUGAUUCCCAAAGGGUAGGCUGUUUGGAAACAACUAGAAAAAUCUUUGUAAAAACCUGAAUGAGUUAUCGUAAUUAUUCCCUUGAAAUUUGGCACUUUCAUGCUUAUCAAGAAAAUUAUAAUUAGUUACUAAUCUUUACAAAAAUAUGCACAUCCUAUCACAAUAAGUGGCAGACUGUCUUUUUCUGUUGAAUUUCAUCCUGACCAUGUUUUCCGUACAUUUUGUUGACAAGUGUUUUGGGAGACUGGGAAAGGAGGUUAACUUCCUAGAAAACAAAAUAUUAAGACCUCAGGGACUACUACAGGAAAAUACCUUUUGCUUAUUAAAACUUACACACAAUUUUCCUGUCUCUAAGCACACAGCAGGAAUAAAAUUUUUGGUAGCCUUUAAUGUGUAUGGACAGGUAUCUUAUCACUCAUUGAUUUCAUGGGAAAGAAAUUACCUAUUUCUAGACUAAAUUUAUUUCCAUCCAAAACAAAACAAAAAUCCUAACUAAAAAGUUACGAUAUUAGAGGGAAAAAAAAGAACAAAAACCUUUCAGGUUGAUUGGAUUUUUCUGUUCCAACAGAAUGUUUCAUUUGUUCGUAAUCUAGCUCAAGUCCGCUCUGGGUCAUAAUGAUAAGUUCUAUUAUUUAGAAUUCUAUUAAACGGACUUCAGCAUUUCCCAGUUCUAUUAGCUAUGACUGAUGUUCCCAGGGAUGUCCAGAGAGGACUGCAAAGUUUUAAAGGGCUGUCACCUUCUCUUCAGCACUUCUCAGUGUUGAGUGCAACACAGUGCGUUCUGAUUUUUGAAAACUGAUAAUCCAUGGAAGACACAUGGGUUGAUACCUCAGGUCAAGUACGUGUUUACUCUGUUGAUUGCUGUUUCACUUUAACUGUAGAUCAGAUGUAUAAGCUAUGAACAGAAGUUCGCAGGAAAAGUAUUUUCUGAAAAGGUCGUGUUUAAAAAUUGUAAAAAUUCUUUUAAAGUGUUCCCCCCCCCCCCCCCCCCCCCCCGUUGAAAAACUGUAUUGGUUUCUCUAGGACACUUUCUUAGUGAGGAAAUGAAAGACAUCCACCCGAGGCUACGGUGGUUCUCUGCUCUAGUGAAAUUGUGUCAGGUAUUUCUUAAUGCCACCUGUUGCAAAGCUUUGCCCUUCGUGUAUUGUGCCCAGGCUAAAGAUUUUUGGAACGCAAGAACCCACGUGGAUCUUGGAUUGGAAAAUGAACUGGUAUUGCACAUACACCCAGGAGAAAGGCUGAGAAAGAUUUAAUAAGUUGAAGUGUGUUGAGAACCAUUGAAAUAUUUUAAAAACUCUUAAAUAAUCCCUGGUGGGCACUUGCAUCAAAAAACUAA